GGAGAGGAAUUUCAUAACAUUCCCAACAUCUUAAGCAGGAACAGCAGGUGUGGGGAGCGCGCAGACAGUCGUCUCCAGCGCUUGGGAUCCGCGGGAGCGUCCGGCGUAGGCGUCCGUCAGCUCAGCGGCCAGGGGGGCAGCCUCCGCCACUGGCACAUCGGGUGUGCAUUUUUAUAUUUAGCGCGGCGUGCUGAUAGUGUUUCACCGCAACCUGUCGAAGCUCGGAGGGGAAAACAGUGAGUUCGAGCUCAACAGACACACUUUCAACACAGGCUUUUAACCCAGAAACUGCUGAGCAAGAUUUACAAAAACCAACAUUAAUAUGAGUAGCCUAAUGCAUAAAUCAGUGUUACCAUGAGCACAAUAUGAACAAUGCUUACUUACGCCGUAUGUCCCCCUCCAUGCGCAGGAGCGCCGGCAGCGCCCACAUGGCAGUGAGGCUCCGCCAAAGCGGCUACGCAUCUUCCGCUUUCGCCGCACAGGUCACCGUUGCCCAAGACGCGACACGGGGACCCUUUCCGCCGAUUAUCCGGGUCACAUAAACUGGCGAGCCGGACCGGCGUGGCUUUCCGCAGCAGUCUGUUAAACUUGGGAGUUUGCAUUUGGAAGAGUGAGUGGGGCGCAGUAAUUAAAGAACCUGGGACAAAGGAGCCCGGAAAAGCGACACUGCGCUGACAUUACCUCGCCAGCCAGCAGCAGACCCUGGGGGCGAUCAUGCACCCGGUAUACUGAUGGCUGCCAGCACGGAGAGGGCGGAUGUUACCAGCCCCAGCCAGCUGCCCAAGCAGCGCUCGCUACGGGCUGUCUAUGUUCUCAACGAUGGGCUGAAAGCCGUGGCCGCCAACAGCCCCGAGUCGGGCGCCCUGCAAUGCCUGCAACGCGCCUGCGACGCCGAGAGCGCCAUCCUCACCACGGUGACCUUCGGCCGGCUGGACUUCGGCGAGACCACGGUGCUGGACACUUUCUACGACGCGGACAUCGCUGUGGUGGAUAUGAGUGACGUAUUCCGACAGCCGUCUCUCUUCUACCACCUGGGUGUACGGGAGAGCUUCGACAUGGCCAACAACGUCAUCCUGUACCACGACACGGACCCCGACACCGCCCAGUCACUCAAGGACAUGGUGACUCAGAAGAACACAGCAUCCAGUGGGAACUACUACUUCAUCCCCUAUGUGAUGACGACCAACCACGAGUACAUGUGCUGUGAGAAUGAUGCCCAGCGCCGAGCCUCGGAGUACAUGCAGCCCAGCUGGGACAGCCUGCUGGGGCCCCUGUGCGUCCCACUGGUGGACCGCUUUACCAGCUUGCUUAAGGAUAUCCACGUCACCUCCUGUGCAUCAUUCAAGGACACACUACUGAAUGAUAUCCGGAAAGCGCGGGAUAAGUACCAGGGCGAGGAGCUGGCCAAGGAACUGGCCCGGAUCAAGCUCCGCAUUGACAACACGGAGGUGCUGACCCAGGACAUCGUCAUGAACCUGCUCUUCUCCUACAGAGAUAUCCAGGAUUAUGAUGCCAUGGUGAAGCUGGUGCAGACCCUGGAGAUGCUGCCCACAUGUGACCUUGCAAACCAGCCCAUGAUUCAGUUCCACUAUGCUUUUGCACUCAACCGGAGGAACAGCCCAGGGGAUCGGGAGCAGGCUUUGCGCGUGAUGCUGCAGGUAUUGCAGUCAUGUGAUCACCCCGCCCCUGACAUGUUUUGCCUGUGCGGUCGGAUCUACAAGGACAUCUUCCUGGACUCUGACUGUAAGGACACCAAGAACCGAGACAACGCCAUCCAGUGGUAUCGUAAGGGCUUCGAGCUGCAGCCCACGCUCUACUCUGGGAUCAACCUGGCCGUGCUGCUGAUCGUGGCCGGCCAGCAGUUUGAAAACUCCAUCGAGCUGCGGAAAAUCGGUGUGAGGCUGAACAGCCUGCUGGGUCGAAAGGGCAGCCUGGAGAAGAUGAACAACUACUGGGAUGUGGGCCAGUUCUUCACCGUCAGCAUGUUAGCCAACGACAUUUCUAAGGCAGUGCAGGCAGCUGAGAAGCUCUUCAAGCUCAAGCCCCCCAUCUGGUACCUUCGUUCUGUGGUGCAGAACCUGCAGCUGAUCCAGCGUUUUAAGAAACAGAACCUGGAGCACUCACCCCAGAGGGAGAGGCUUAACUUCUGGAUGGACAUCAUUGUGGAGGCAACCCAGGGAGCCACCAACGGGCUGCGAUUCCCGGUGCUGAUCCUGGAGCCGACCAAGGUGUACCAGCCUUCAUAUGUGUCCAUCAACAGCGAGGCAGAGGAGAAGAACGUAUCAAUCUGGCACGUGUCUCCGGCAGAGACGAAGGGCAUUCAUGAGUGGAACUUUACGGGCACGUCCAUCAAAGGCAUCAGUAUCUCCAAGUUUGAUGAGCGCUGCUGCUUUCUGUAUGUCCACGACAACUCAGACGAUUUCCAGAUCUACUUCUCCACUGAGGACCAGUGUGGCAGGUUCUGUUCCAUGGUGAAAGAGUUGAUUUCAGACGGGUCGGGCAAUGCUGUGGAGCUUGAAGGGGAGGGUGAAGGAGACACACUAGAGUACGAGUAUGACUACAACGAGAACGGGGACCGGGUGGUGCUUGGGCGGGGCACCUACGGAGUGGUGUAUGCUGGGAGAGAUCUGAGCAACCAGGUGCGCAUUGCCAUCAAAGAGAUCCCAGAGAGGGACAGCAGGUAUUCCCAGCCGCUCCAUGAAGAGAUUGCCCUGCACAAGUACCUGAAGCAUCGCAACAUUGUGCAGUACCUGGGCUCUGUGUCCGAAGACGGUUAUAUCAAGAUAUUCAUGGAGCAGGUUCCUGGAGGGAGCCUGUCAGCCCUUCUGCGCUCUAAGUGGGGCCCCCUAAAGGAGGCCACCAUCGUCUUUUACACACGGCAGAUUCUGGAGGGGUUGCGGUACCUGCAUGAGAACCAGAUUGUUCACCGUGACAUCAAGGGGGACAAUGUCCUGGUCAACACCUACAGUGGGGUCCUCAAAAUCUCUGACUUUGGUACAUCCAAGAGGUUAGCUGGAGUGAACCCCUGUACAGAGACCUUCACCGGCACCCUUCAGUACAUGGCCCCUGAGAUCAUCGACAAGGGGCCCCGGGGAUAUGGAGCCCCUGCCGACAUCUGGUCCCUGGGCUGCACCAUCAUUGAGAUGGCCACUGGGAAGCCCCCCUUCCACGAGCUGGGUGAGCCGCAAGCGGCCAUGUUCAAGGUGGGGAUGUUUAAGAUCCACCCUGAGAUCCCAGAGGCCCUGUCCACUGAGGCCAAGUCCUUCAUCCUACGAUGCUUUGAGCCAGACCCCAACAAACGGGCAACGGCGGGUGACCUCCUCAAGGACGUGUUUGUCCGGCAAAACGUCAAGGGCAAGAAGAGCAAGAUCGCCUUCAAGCCGUCAGAUUACCUGCGGAGCGUCUCAUUCCCGGCGCAGUUACAAACAGAGGCCACCGGGAGCAGCAGCAGUGAGCACGGCUCCAUCUCGCCUGAAUGCGACUCAAAACAGGACGUCUUUUUCGAGAAGAAGAAGCGCUCGGCCUCAGAAAACCUCAUCAAGCCGCCAAGCUCUAACUAUCUUAGUGUCCCCGACGAGGUCUCUGUCACUGAGGACCGCAGUGCACCGCCAUCCCCUGAGGACCGGGACUCUGGGCUCUUCCUGCUGAAAAAGGAUAGUGAGAGGCGGGCCAUCCUCUACAAGGUCCUCAAUGAGGACCAGGAGAAGGUCAUCUCCAACCUGAUGGAGAACCACAUACAAGGCAGCGAGGAGCUCAAGCUCUCUGUGGAUCACAUCAAGCAGAUCAUCUGCAUCCUGCGUGACUUCAUCCGCUCUCCCGAGCGACGUGUCAUGGCGACCACAAUCUCCAAGCUGAAGCUCGACUUGGACUUUGACAGCACCUCCAUUAACCAAAUCCAGCUGGUUCUUUUUGGGUUCCAGGACUCAGUAAACAAGGUCCUGAGGAACCAUCACAUCAAGCCCCAUUGGAUGUUCGCCAUGGACAACAUCAUCCGUCGCGCCGUGCAGGCGGCCGUCACCAUCCUCAUCCCAGAGCUGCAGACGCACUUCGGUCCGGCAUCAGAGAGUGAGGGAGCAGACAAGGAUGCAGACGAGGUGGACGUGGAGGAGGAUGCCGAUUUCGGGACGGCAGAGCCGGCGGCGCCGGAGGAUCCGGGUCUCACGUCGGGCGUUAGCACCCUGAGCUCUGUGCUGUCUCACGAGUCCCAGCGGCAGAACCAGCCACAUCCACUGGGGACGCAGCUCGGCCGGAUGAAGCAGGAGACCAACCGGCUGCUAGAGGACCUGGUACAGAAGGAGAAGGAGUACCAGCAGGUGCUGAGGCAGAGUCUCCAGCAGAGGGCGCACGACCUGGAGCUGAUGCGAGUCAAGAGCCGGCCUAUCGACAUCCACCCGCCCUCCAUAUUUCACAUCCCAGCUGAUGCGGAGCCUGACAAGGAGCUGACUGAUUGGCUAAAGGAACUGGGUGUGGAUGCAGACACCAUAGAGAAGUUUGUGAUGGAGGACUACACUCUGAAUGACAUCCUCAACGACAUCACCAAGGAGGACCUGCGGUUUCUACGGCUACGGGGCGGAGUCCUCUGCCGGAUCUGGAGGGCCAUCCAGAGGCACCGUGGGCGGGAACAGAGGAAGCAGCUGAGGGCCGGGGAAGUGACGGACGGCUGAGCUGAAUGUCCCAUGUGCACCAGCGCCCUGCGUAGGAUUGUGGACCGAAAAGCCGGACAUACAAGAGUGCAGAAGCUUUAUUUACGCACAUGGACACACACUGUCUGCAUUCAGUCUACAUGUUUUUGCUGUGACCUUCUUGGCGAAAAGGGCACAGGACUCUUCAAAAUGCAACCUCUGCUAAAAGAGAGAGGUCAGAGUUUGGCAGCUUUUACACUGUGCACAAUUUUUAAAACAUUCUUUGAUCGAACUCAACUCAUAAAGACGCUCCUGAUAGGAUGUGCCAGAAGGGGGAGCCAAAGCCCAGCAUGCUAUAUCCUCUAGUCCCUCUUCAAGCCACACCCACUGGCUGCUUCUCUGCAAACCAGAGGGGGCAGCUGACAUGAGAUCAGCGCAAACAGGAAGUUCACUGUGGAACCAUGUGACUUUAUAAGGAGGCUGUGUUUCUGUGAGAGGGGAGGGGCCUCCCUGAACAGCACCACCUAGUGGACAGACCAACCCAGGAUGACUCACAUGUGCCUUUCUUGUAUUAAUUGUCUGUUUUUGAAAAUGUUCUCAGAGUUUCUGUCACUGCAGUUUCCUGUCAGCUCCAUUUCAAGUUGCUAUUUUUGACUUUAUGCCCCCCACCCCCCAAAUGGCCCCGUCUGUGUUUUUACUGUCACCUAUCUGUGUUCGCUGUGACACAUCACCUCCCUCAUGCCCCCCUCUGUUUUAUCACAGCACCCUGGAUGUGUGUUACCCCUCCUGCUCUUCACGCUGGUUUCUGAUGUUUAUGUGUGAAACAGCUGCUGCUGCCGGUUCGGAAUAAUUUUAAAAAAUCCUUGGUACUGAGCUGUCUUCACCCGCCGGUCUUCCAAACCUGCUGGGUCACGAGGAGUCUGGAGCUGAUCCAUCAGUAAACGCUGCUGUAUCUAUGUGGGACUGUAUCUGCAGGCAGCAAACUGGACCAUGUGACCUGCGGCUUGGUGUGGGGGGGCUGAGCUCAGGCAGUGGGGUCCGGAGGUCAGAGACAGACUCCAUCCCUCCAGGGUGGCUCAACUCCUCCCUGUUUUGAUUGACGUUUUUUUUCAGGCUCAUUUCUAAGUGCUCUGCAGUGGCUCAGUGGGUUCGGACCCUGCGUCUGUCAUCGGAAAGUCCCUCAGCACAGUGAUGUCACCAUGGGGCCCUGAGCAAGGCCCUUAACACUAACUGCAAGGUCACUUUGCUUUGGAUUAAAAUGUCUGCUAAGUAAAUAAAGUAUUUUUUUCUCUA